GUCUUGGUCGAGGUGGUUACACCUAGAAUUUGGGUCGUGGUAUCCGCCCGGGACAGGAAGAGUUACCUGAGACAAGACAACACACCGUCUUAUUCCAACCUCGCUUUCUCUCUCUUAUCGGUCCAGAUCGCGACUCUGAGCCAAGAAUCUCAAGAUGGGUGAAUGGAAGAACGGUCUCUUCGGUUGCUUCAACAACUUCGGGGUGUGCAUCAUCACCUACUUCGUCCCGUGUGUGACGGCCGGCCAGAAUGCCGAGAAGGCGGGAGUUGGUGGGUGCGUCCCCUGCGCCAUCGUGUCCAUGCUGGGCUGUAUCGGCAUCUACUUCAUGGCCAAAACCAGGGAAAAGACAAGAGAGCUAAAGGGAAUAGAGGGCAGUUUCGUGAUGGACUGUGUGAUGUCCUGGAUCUGUCCACUCUGCUCCCUCGUUCAAGUGGCUCAGGAACUGGAGGACGUGCCAGCAGGUGGUUCCAUGGUCCGCGAAUAACUGCCGAAAGCUGCAGCCAAGGAGAUUUCUGGAGACGACAGACAUUCCCCGCGACCGACUGUCAGGAAAACGUAGUUGUAACAAUGUUGUUCUCAGCCUCCAGGAUCAUGUGUGUAUAUUUGUCACCACUUUCAAUGAGAACAGAAGAAUGUAUAAGGCAUAAGCACUAGAUAUAUUGAAUGUUGUGGCAUCUAGUGUCUGAGGGUAGGCCUUCAAGAUAUGGUCAAGGCUUGCACAAACACAGGCCUUGGGUUUUUUUCCUUUGGGAAAAAAUGGCCAUAACUCGGGGCAGUGUCCUAGGACACUGGAGGAAUUUAGCAGAGUUCAAUAUAUCUACUUGUUUAUGCGUUAUUAAUUGUCUGAUGUGAACAAUUUGAAUUUCCCCUGAUUGUUUUUAGAAGUAGAAAUAAUAAUUCCUAAUUGUGUUCCUGAAACAAUGUUUAGUGAUGUUCCCUCAUAACAUGUUGAGAUUCUUGCUGUGUUGGCAAUCAUACUAUGCAAAUGACGAUUUCCAAUAUGCUAUUCAAAGUAUAGAUAGAUUUUGUAAGAUUUAUAAAAAUAUGAGAGCAUUUUCAUAAUUUUUCUUGCAGGAAUAUCAUUGGAGGGGUAGUACAUUUUCCAAGUUUAAAAUUUCAAGCUCAAAAAUUAUGAAAAUUAAAAGAUUACUUUUAAAGAAAUUGUUUUCAUAGUGGGCAAAAAAGACAUAUUUUUUUCAGGAUGAACUGUACAAAAAAGUGUGAAUUGCGAGCACAUUAAAUUCUUGAAGGAGCCACAAAAUUUGUCAUGAAUCUUACAAAUAAUAUCUCAUACUACUUGAUGUGAAUAAUCGAACAAUCACAAUCAAUUACCAUUCCCAGUUACAACCCGAAGCUUGCAUUUUUUGUUUGUUUCAAAAUGCCACCUACCUGGAUUCUGGAAUCAUUGUUUUGAAAACAUCAUUGGAAGUAGGAAAAUCUGAAGAAAAAUUACCAAGUUGUUGGCUCAUGUAAUGAUUGUGUCCUGCUUAAUACAACAGCUGCUGUAUCAUGGUAGUGCAUGUCCACCAUGUAUUGUUCUUUUAAAACAAUAAAUCGAGAAUCAAGGUAGCAAAAUUCUGAUACAACCACUGUAAGUUCUUUGUCAUUGUCAAAAUAAAUUUUCCCCCACUCAUUUUAAAUUUUGUAUUAAGCUCUGUAUGAUAAUCGUCUCGAAUUAAUCGCCCUAGCUCUUGUGUAGGUCAGUGGAAAAGAUUUAAGAACUUAUAUAAUGUUUUCUCUACUCUUGUGGUGGUUGUGUGUAACAUGUGCCUUUACAUAUAGAUUGCUCUGCACUUAAAUAUGAAGCUGUCUAGACUCCCAAAUGGUAGAAACUGCAAUGUGCCUUAUAAACAUACUUUAACGUUUCAUUACUAUCUGGACUUAAGAUCAGAAGUGGCAGCUACAGAAGUUAAAAUGUAAGCAGUCAUCUAGUGAAAUAUGUACAAACAAUGCAGAUAAAGAUUCAGCUACAGAUGUCCUUGUGCAAGAGUGUAUUUCAGACGGCUUUCUCAUUUGAGAAAAAAAAGGCGGUAACCAGAGGCAGAAAUUUACAUGUACACCUGAACAGAUGUACAAUAUUUUACCAAAAGUUACUGUUCUGCUGAGGUGACUAGACAGGCCCAUAUCUAAGUGCAGAGCUCUUUUUGUAGGGAAUAUACAUUUGUAACUCGUUACCUCUUUGCUUGGAAUGACCAAAUCUACUGAGUUUGAAUUAAACAAUUUCACAUAAA